AUGGGAGACCCAUUCGGCAUAUCAGUGAAUAUCGGAGGCCUCGUUCAGCUUGCGGAUCUUGUUGUGAACAAGAUAUGGCCAUUCUUGAAAGAAAUGAAGAACCAGCGAUCAGAAAUAUCCAAAUUAUCAUCCGAAAGCAUUGCUAGUCAAAUAAACCUCAAAGCGGAUGUCAAAGCAGUGAAAGAAGAGCUUUUCCGGCGAAAAGAGCUCGAGGCCAGAAUAGAGCUAGAUGAAAAGCGGAAGAAGGUCUUAGAUUUCUUCGGCCGCGUUGGCCCCAAAGAAAACCAUGCCAUGAGCUUGAAGCUCCGACAUGAAGGAACGGGACUAUGGCUGCUCAAAGAAUCGCGUUUCAAUGGAUGGCUACAGAACUGCGACUCUCACAUCUGGUUUUACGGGAUUCCUGGAGCUGGAAAGACAAUUUUGGCAUCAUUACUCAUUGAGAAAGUUUUUCAGCUGUGCAAGCCCUCUGAAGCUGUCGCUUUCUUCUACUGCGACUAUAAAGAUACCGCGAAACAAGACCCAUGCUAUAUACUUGCGUCAAUAGCAUCCCAGAUUGCGAUUCAGCAUGAGAAGGCGUGCGAGAUUCUCGAAGAAGAGCACAAGAAGAUACAUCCCGGAACGACUGACGUCAAGCAUUUGAAACCCGAGAUUUUAGUCAGUCUGCUGAAAAAGCAGUUCGGUCUCUUUGAUUUCACUACUCUCAUCAUCGAUGGACUUGACGAGUGUGGUGAUAACACAGCAAAU